AUGAUGAAUUCGGCUGCUAUUGCGGAGGGAAGAAAGAUGAUGGCGUACCGCUCGGUUCCAGUUACGGCAGCAACAGAAGAACAGGCGACUGCGCAGCUGGAGUUGGAGACAACAUCUGAUACUGAGAGCGUGCCACCAAUGGUUUCGCGUAAUGUAUCAGAUAACCGCAAGAAUCCCUUUGUGAUCCCAAUAGCCCCAGAGUUGAAUAAAAUAACCUCGGAAGAUCCCGAGACUAUUUCUCUCGAAAAACCCGACGAAUCAACAGCCAAUUUGAUUGAGGAAUACGGUGAAGACCAGUCCCAAGAACAUUCUGACCCUUUCCAACUCAACACAGGUGCCAGAAAAAUAUCUAUCAUUGGAAACAGUGCUCCAAAUGUCAAAUCUUCCAAAGCAGUACAAGAACCAGUCACUUACACCGGGAUUGAUCCGGAAAAUGUUCCCCAAUGGCCAUUGACUUCGGUCACAUUUAUGAAGACAGCAGAGGACUCUGCGCAGCCACCACCUCUUUGGAUGAACCCAAUGCUGAAACAAGGAAAAGAUCGCGAUUCAUCAGUGAGGUAUUUGCCUCAAGAGCAGGCCGACAGAAUUGAUCCCAUUCAGAUUCUCAACCGUUCAAUUGACCAGACCUUGACUAGACCAUCUAGACUUAAACGAUUCUGGAACCCUUUCAAAAAGGAUUCCCCAAUUCCAAGUCCAGAGGCAUCGUCCUCAACCCAUAAGAGUCCCGAUGAAGAUACGGAUAACGAUACCAUCAGUGCAAGCGAUGCGGGAAAAAGCCAUCGUGCUUCAGUACCAAAGCGGCAUUUCAUUCAAACCAAAGAGGGAAUGGCGUCCGUGACGUUGAUCUUUUUGCUGGUAGCGUCCUGUUUUUCGCUAAUAGUUCUCAAUUAUGUGAACUGGAGAGGUACAGAGAGCACAGUCAGUUCUUAUAUUGAAAGAGCCGGACCGGAUGGACGACAACGGCUUCUGGCUAUCUUUGGAAACAAUUCCGAAAGUGUAGUAGUGAAAAAUGAUACUGAAGAUCUUCGUCCUUUCACAGGACUCAAAGGUUCAGAUCUCAGAAAACAGAAUACGUUCCUCGGGCUCAACCCAGCAUUCCACUCUGAUGAACAAAUCAAAAGCCUCAUGUCGGACGAAAGAUUGCACAAUACCUUUUAUGGAAUGGCAUACCAACCACAGGGCUCGCUCGAACCCGCCUGCGGCGCAAAGCUUCGCGAUGUUACUCUUGAUCUCGCUUUGCUUUCAAUGGUGACAACCAGAGUGAGACUCUAUGGUAUGCAAUGUAACCAGGCCCAUCUCGUUCUCCAGGCUAUAGAGGAUCUUGGUCUGAAUAUGACAGUUUCACUGGGAGUAUGGCUUGGAAGCGAGCCUCGUCUCAACGAUAUUCAGCUUGAGUCUAUGGAAGAGGUUCUAAGACGAUUUCCAAGAAACAUGUUUGAAGAUGUGUUUGUGGGGAACGAAGUUCUCUUCAGACAUGAUCAGAACAGCUCUGAAAUUGCCCAGAACAUACUCAAAGCAAAAAAGAUUGCUGCUUCCAUUGGCUAUGACGACUUGCCCAUUGGAAUAUCCGAAGUCGGCUCCAUUGUCGAUGCCGUUUUACUGGAGACUGCAGACAUAGUUGGGUGCAAUAUCCAUCCAUUUUUCAGUGGAGAACCUGUUCAGAUGGCAACAAAAUGGACACUCGACUGUCUCAAGAACCAAGUCAAAGCUCUAAGAGACGACCUGGGACUCAAAACAGAGUUGUCGAUCACAGAGGCUGGAUGGCCCUAUAAUGGCGGAUCUUUCGUUGCUUCCGUUGCUGGACCCAAACACUUCCAGUACUUCCUCGACCAAUAUGUGUGUGAGAUGUACCACCAGAACUAUUCUUGGUAUUUCUUCGAGGCCUUUGAUGAGCCAUGGAAGGCAACCUGGAAUACAGCCGAUAGAACCUGGGAGACACAAUGGGGAUUGUUCACUGCGAACAGAAGUCUGAAGGAUGGGGUUGUUCUCCCAAAGUGCUCGCCAAGAUCGGCCUAA